AUGGUCUCAGGCGAUAUCCUUGAAAUAUCAGCACCAAGACUGAACGAAGUCGGCCGCAUGGCGAAAGUGGAAGAGGUGCCUGGCCUGGCAGAAAACCUGGUCCUGCUCUCCAAAGAGCAACUGUCCCUCGCUGAGCUCCUGGUAUCAUCAGGGCAGCAAGAGAUUUUUGCCGCCUGGGAUGCAUCAGGCAUCCGGGAUGCAGAAAAAGUGGAGUUUUUCAAUCAGAUCAGCACCCUGGAUCGCAACUACCCAGGAGGUAUUGAGCGCUACUUGCAGAAUGCUCGAGGACUGCUUCAGGCAGCAGCAAGAGCUGAAAAUCCACUGGAUGGAUGGACUCCCUCAGUUCCUCAAGAUGGCUUCCAGCCUGAAGUGGGUUCUGAAGCCUUCAUGGAGUAUGAAGACUUGGGAGCCCGCGAAGUGAAGGGCUGCUGUUUUGUGAUUCCAGCCGGAGGCUUGGGCGAACGCUUGGGCUUUAGUGGCGUGAAGUUCGCUUUACCAGCUGAGCUGGUGACUGGUUGCUGUGUGCUGGAAGUGUAUUGUGCAUAUUUGCGAGGGUUUCAAUCAUUCGCAGAGCGGACUUCCGGCCAGCCGUGUCGUCUGCCGCUGGUCAUAAUGGCAAGCGGGGAUACUGAGUCUGGUAUUCGGGCAUUGCUGGAGAGUGGCAACUACUUUGGUCUUGAGAAGGAGCAAGUCACCAUUCUCGUGCAAGAAAAGGUUGCAGCUUUGGCAUCUAGUGACGCUUUGUUGAGCAUGGAGGGUCCUUACAAAGUAGGCACCAAGCCGCAUGGACAUGGUGACGUGCAUUUCCUGUUGCACUCUAGUGGUUUGGUACGACGCUGGCAUGAGGAAGGUCGGAAGUGGAUCCUGUUCUUCCAGGACACGAAUACCUUAUACCUCACAACGUUUCUUUGCUCCUUGGGUGUGUCUGCCAAGCAUGGUUUGCAUGCAAAUGUUGUAACCAUGCCCAGGAAAGCAAAGGAAGCUGCCGGUUCCAUUGCACGUUUGACUCACUGGGAUGGUCGGAGCAUCGUUGCAAAUGUGGAGUACAACCAACUGGAGCCACUCUUGAAAGCAACAGGACAUCACGAAGGUGACGUCAAUGGGCCAGACGGAUUCUCGCCAUACCCUGGCAACACCAACGAACUGCUUUUCUCUCUUUCAGAAUAUGUGUCGGAGCUGGAGGAAAAUGGAGGGCAAAUGCCUGAAUUCAUCAAUCCAAAAUACACAGAUGAGUCAAGAACGAAAUUUAAGAGCCCGACCCGUUUGGAAUGCAUGAUGCAAGAUUUUCUGAAAGUGAUAAAUGCAAGCAAAGCGAAGGUUGGCUUUACUCGUUAUCCUUUGACCUUCGGAUAUUUUCCGUGCAAGAAUGAUAUCAUUACUGCAGCACGUCUUGCUUCUCAGGGAACACCCCCACAUGGAGCUGCAUCUGCUGAAGCUGCCGUCUAUGAUGCCAAUUGCACUAUGCUGAGAUUGCUGGGAGUCUCCGUAGCAGAUGCAGAGGAACGACAUUGGAAAGGUGGUCCACAACUUAUGGGCCCAGCUGUCGUGCUGUGGCCGGAUUUUGCACCUUCCAUGUUGGAAUUGAGGAAAAGGCUGACGCUGCCAAGUGCAGUGUGCAUUGCAUCAGGCAGCACCUUGGAAAUCCGUGGAGAUGUCUAUUUGCGGGAACUUGAAUUGAAUGGCGCCUUACGAAUCGUGGCUGGACCUGGAGUUACUUUGCACAUUCCAAAGCUGAAAGUGCAGAACCGAAGCCAAAGCUUUGAGGCGCUAACUGACGGCGAACAGAAUGGAGAAGCACCUGAGGAGCUCAGGAUUCGUGGUUACAGAUGUGUAACUUAUGAGCUUGAGAGGAUAGAAGCGACUGAAGCAGGUGUCUACACACUGACAGAGGAUAAGAAGCUCAUUCCAAAAUUGGAGUAAAA